AGAGCAGUCAAACCAACUCUCUCGCCGGCCAAACUUCCUUUCUCCUCAGCGUCUGUCUGUGCUGCGGCCUCUCUGUCUUGCUGCCUUCCCAGACUGUCCAGGCUCAGCCCCAUCUAGAUUUAUAUCUGCCUGAAAUCCAUCUGUCCUAAUCUAUUAUAUCUCUCACCCUUCCAAUCUGUUCCUGAUUUCCCGCCACAUCCGCCAAGAUGUCGAAAACAGACAUCCAUCUCCAACCCCAAAUGGUGAAGAGGCCCCCCUUUACCGUGGAGGUUUCCGACUACAAAAAAGUUGACGGGGAGACUGUCCCUCGAAGACUGCCUGCUGCCAAGGAUAAGCUCAUCCUACGACCUGCGGAAGACGUUGCGACUACCUAUGAUAUCUUCCGGAGAGGCGCCAAGCUGUUCGGCAAGUCCCACGCGGUCGGUUCCCGUCGCCUGAUAAAGACCCAUGUUGAGAACAAAAAGGUCAAGAAGAUCAUCGAGGGUGAGGAGCGCGAGGUUGAUAAGCAGUGGACUUUCUACGAGAUGAGCGGCUAUACGUACAAGUCCUUCAUCGAAUACGAGCAGCUUGCGCUUCAAUUGGGCUGCGGUCUACGGAAAUUGGGUUUGGAGAAGGAUAACAAGGUUCACCUCUAUGGUUCCACAAGUGCAAAUUGGUUGGCUAUGUCACAUGGUGCUGCGUCUCAAUCCUUCGUCAUCGUCACCGCUUAUGAGAACCUGGGUGAAGAAGGCCUGAAACACUCCUUGGUCCAAACUAGCAGCAUCGCCAUCUUCCUUGACCCCGGCCUUGUCACCUCUCUUGAACAUAUCAAGAAAGACGUAAAGGACCUUAAAUUCGUCAUAUAUAACAGCGACCUGGAUGUCGACGAGGAAGCCAUUAACAACCUCAAGGCAAACCACCCUGAGCUCACUGUCCUCAGCUUGGAAGAACUGCGUAAGUUGGGCGAAGAGAAUCCUGUGGAUCCUGUUCCUCCCACUCCAGAAAACCUGUGCUGUAUCAUGUACACGUCCGGGUCGACCGGCCCCCCGAAGGGCGUGCCGCUGACUCACGGGAACGUUAUCGCUGCAACGGCGGGUAUCAAUGCGAUCGUCGGUCCGUACAUCGGCCCGAAGGAUGCUUUGUUAACUUACCUCCCCCAAGCACAUAUUCUGGAGUUCAUGUUUGAGAACCUUUGCAUGUUCUGGGGUGGAACUAUGGGUUAUGGACAUCCGCGCACUCUCUCGGACUCCUCGGUGCGCAACUGCAAGGGUGACAUUCGCGAAUUCAGACCAACUAUCCUCGUCGGUGUUCCAGCAGUGUGGGAAACAGUCAAGAAAGGAAUCAUGUCCCAAGUGGCCAAGAAUAAUUUCCUUGUGAGAAAUCUGUUCUGGGGUGCCUUGUCGGCCAAGAAGUUCCUUCUGUCAAGCAAACUGCCCGGUUCGGAUUUGGGAGCUGGAAUCUUAGAUGCCGUCGUAUUCAAGAAGCUCAAGGAGGCCACGGGUGGCAGGCUUCGCAUUACAAUGAAUGGUGGUGGUCCGAUCUCUAAAGAUACCCUUAGGUUCUUGUCGAUGGCCAUUUGCCCUAUGAUCAGUGGCUAUGGCUUGACAGAGACAUCGGCUAUGGGAGCCUUGAAUGACCCGAUGGCGUGGAACCCAACUUCUCUGGGUGAGAUUCCUGGAUGCGUCGAGGUUAAGCUCGUGGACUUUGCGGAAGCAGGGUAUUUGACAAACAACCACCCCCCACAGGGAGAGAUCUUCAUUCGUGGAGGAAGCGUCACCAAUUACUACUGGAAAAACGAGGAAGAAACCAAGGCUGCAUUUACGAAGGAUGGUUGGUUUAUGACCGGUGAUAUUGGCGAGUUCGACCAGUUCGGACAUUUGAGAAUCAUCGACCGUAAGAAGAAUUUGGUCAAGACGCUUACCGGGGAGUACGUUGCCUUGGAGAAACUUGAAUCUGUCUAUCGCUCUUCCCCCGUUGUUGGCAACAUCUGCGUCUUUGCUGCCCAAGAUCAAGAUCGGCCAAUUGCCAUCAUCGUUCCCAUUGAAGCGGCACUGAAGAAGGUUGCUAGCGAGAAUGACAUCGAGGGAGACACUAUUGAAUCGCUUGUCCACAAUGAAAAUCUCAAAUCCAUUGUGCUGAAGCAGCUCCAGGCAGCUGGCAAAGCUGGCGGCCUCCGUGGGAUUGAGAUUAUCAGUGGCGUGGUACUUUCGGACGAAGAGUGGACUACACAAAACGGCUUUGUGACUGCCGCCCAGAAACUGCAGCGGAGGAAGAUUACUACCCACUUCCAGAAAGAUAUUAACCGUGCGUACGGCAAGCACUGAGAGGGUAGGAUAUGCUGUACUUGUUCUCAUAUUUCUGUUUCUGUUCUUUAUGAUGCCCUUGGCUAUUAUUUGCAAAGCCGUUGUUCCGCAUGUUUCUAGGAUUCCCCGAUGGUGCUGUGUUGGUCUCUUUAUGGGCGGCCACUGAAGGAGGACGAAGGCGGGGACAAUUUGUGUAUGCAGUCGAUUUCCCCACCAGCGUAUUCUUCCAUGCGGUCUGUGCUCGAAAUAAUUCGACUGUAACAGUCAAAAUCUAUUAUUUAUUGUAUACGAGAGCGUUAUAGAUACAAAUUGGAAUGACAGUAAUGGCAAUUCCUCACGUGCCAAGGUACGGAAUAUAUAAUGGAGGUGUAUCGUUGGUUGGUCACUGGCUAGAUAGGCCUACGUGGUGAAAAG